AAAGCUGAGCGGCGGCGGGGCGGGGAAGGACGGGACACUUGGUUACCGCGCCGCCACCGGACCAGCCUUUGCUCUUGCGCCUUCUUUCGCGGACCCCACGACGCCAUGAAGCCCAGUCGCCACGCCGGCCUGUGCGCCCCCGCUCUCCUGCUGCUAUUGCUGCUGGGCGCCGCCGCCGCCGAGUCGGUGAGAGAAACCGAGACUAUGGACCCACAGCUGUAUGAAUUUCCAUCUGGAGAUUUGCCAGAUGAUGAGGACUCGAGGCCUGAAUUUGUAAUUGAUGAAGAUGGCUAUGACUACUCAGGUUCAGGAGAUGAAGAAGAUGAUACAGAGAAUGCCUAUCUUCCAGCCUCUGAAAGUCCUAUGGAGCCCAUGGACAACUCCAUCCCUUAUUCCAAAGGAGAGACAAAGGAUAGCAAGCCUGCUGUGAUAGAAAUAGAAAACGAUUCUGUUCUCAAGAAACCUGCACCCUCCGAAGAAGGCGACGAGCCAUCCAACAAGAUCUCGAUGGCCAGCACAGCCAAUGGCAGCAUCUUUGAGAGGACAGAAGUUCUGGCAGCUCUUAUUGCAGGUGGGGCAGUUGGGUUGCUGCUGUUUGCUGUCUUCCCAAUCCUCCUCCUGAUCUAUCGCAUGAAGAAAAAGGAUGAGGGCAGUUACGACCUUGGCAAGAAGCCGAUCUACAAGAAAGCACCCACAAACGAAUUCUACGCCUAAGGCUUGCCAACGCCACAAACCCAUGGGGGAGUCAGAAACGGACUUUGUAAAAAAAAAAAGCAUUUGGACUGCGGACAAGAAGCUCUGAGACAAAUGCUCUCUUGGAUCUAACCGUCAAAGUGAUUUUAUAUAUAUAUCUAUAAAAACUUUGUGACCCUUCCUAUCCCGCUAGCCAACGAGGACGCAAAGUAGAAAAAAAGGGCAGCGUCCUAGGGAGAAAAAACCCCUUGUGGGGUGUGCGAGUGUGCUUGUGUCCUGAAAUGCAAAGCAAAUUUUGCCAAUUGCUCUGUUUUGGUUGGGUGAAGGGGUUUCGUAUGUGAAACUGUUUGCAUUUGGUCGCAGUGCUCCAACUUGCCUUGUCUGCAGAAAUUUCUACCUGUAAGAAGGUUAACCUGUAGCGUAGCAGGCCAGCUCUGCAAGGCUUUUUCAUUUUUUUGGUAAAGAACUUAUGAAAUCUCCUGCGCUACAGUGCUCAUUAGCCUUGGGAGAGAGCAAAUUUGCUCUCUGCAGACUUGAGUAUCUCAAUACUAUUUUGAACUUGGCUGUGUGAAGAAGUGAUUUCUUCCUUGAUGGAGAGAGGGCGGAGUAGCCUAUAAAAGCAGAGCAGUGUGUAUGGUGUGUGUGUGAGAGUGAGUGAGUGUGAAUGUGUGUGGCUGGCUGGGGGGAUGUCUCCCACUUUUUAAAUGGAGCUGAGUUGAAGAAAUAACCUUUUUAUUUUUAGAAGAGGGUUUCCUUAAAUAAAUGACGCUAAGAAAAAUUCCCUGCCUAUACAAGUUUGUAGAAAGUAUUCCGAAAUUUUAAAAAGUAUAUAUAUUUUGUAAUUUUCAUGAGUUCUUUUUUUUAAGUCCCCUUUUCCCCUUUGCUGGACAUCUCUCCAGAUGAACGGCAUUUUAUAUCGCUCAUUGCCAGAACUGAUGCAGCAGCUACAGUACGUUAAAGCUCUCUAAGCUCAUAUCAUAGGCUAUUCUAGGCAGUUGAGAAGAGAAUAUUUAUAUAUAAUUAUAAAUAUAUUUUCUGGAGCAAAUAAGUUUCUGGGUUGUUUUUAUAUAGAGCUAUUUAUACUUUCUAAGAUGGCUGCUCUGUUUUGGUAACUCUUCUUUUUAUACGUAAAACACUAAUAUAAUGAAACUCCUAAUGAUUGUGAAAACUAUUUAAGCUUGAUUCUGUGUACUAUACCCGAAGGCAAUAAGAUUCUGCUAGAAUUAAUGUCUCUAUGCAAAAAUCAGAUUUCUUUGAACAUGACUAAAAUGUAAUUGGAGGUUAUGCACACUUACAAAAUGAAAACACAAGAAUUUCAGAAUAGGUUUUGUACAGCCUUCCUGCAAGGGGUGCUGGGUACCUCUCAUCCUUGCAGAGUUUCCCUAAAUGUCUUCCUCUUUUCAAUGGAGUCAUUCCUUCACAUGUGGUGUUGCUAAUCAAUGGCAGCUGAACAAUUCAACUGUGUGGGUUGGAGUCUAGCUUUUACACCCAGCUUCACUGCAUGGGUAGCAUGGAAUUUCACUGCUGGGGUGUGUGGAUAUGAUUCAGCCACAUGCUGCUGUUUGCUUCUCCUCUUUUAAUGCACAUGCUAUGUUUUUCUUUGGGGCUCUUAAUUGAGGCUAUUGGCUUUCAGAGCUCUGAAUGGCACAUUGCUGUUCCCCUUCUAAAGAAGAGCAUCUUCAGGGCCAAGCUUUUUCUCCAGCUGCUGGUUCUGCCAGACUGUAAAUGCUGGUACCUGUUGGGGAGAAUCUUGAUCCACUGAUGGUUAGGCCAGGAUGGUACAAAAGUUUUGAACAACAUAUCUGUGCUGUGCAAAGAUUAAAGUGGGGGUGCGGGAGUGGUUUUUCUCCUUUUCUUUUUCAUUUUGGACUAAGGACCACAUUUCCAGCUGGGCAAACUUCUAGGACCACCACAUGCUAUUAGUGGGCAGGAGCCAGGAGCAAAAGUGGAUGGAGCAGUGAAUGGAAAUGUUGCCUUUGCUAAUUUCUCUCUGCUCCUUCCAGGCAACCAAAGGCACUCUCAGAAUUGAAGGGACACCUUCUAGCCAGGCAAAAAGGGGGUAUGAAGAGGUGUGUUGUCUGGGGAGAGUCUUGAGAGUCAGGUAGUGUCCUAGAGGUUUGCGUUUGGCAUCCUGGCUUGAGAUUCCUCACCCCUCAUUUAGAGGGAAGUGUGCAACUGCUGCAGCAGAGCUAGGCUUAGAUCCUAGUUCUUUGGGUUGGGGAUGUAGAUAGUGGUAUUACAAGGACCUUUAAGCUGCAAUGCGUGGACUACGGCUGCUGUGCAGCGACUUGCAGUGUAUCUGCUGUAAGCUGGGUUUUCCUAGGAAGCGAGUCUCUUCGAAAGUUGCUUUUCAGGGCCCCGCUUGAUUCCGAUGUGAUUAGAUUGCAUCUGCACAGUCUUGUUGCUUCUGAGAGCAAAGGGAGGUCUCCAUGCAGUGGGGGGGGGCAUUUUGUGUAAUUUGCAGGAAAUUGGGUAUUGUGCAGCGCAGGGCCAUCUCCUAACCACACAGAUCCUGGCAUAAUCUUGAACUACUUGCACUCUUUGAGCUGUAGCUUUUAAUAACGUGACAUAGUCUUAACACCUAACUUUGUGGUCCUUGCGUGAAUGGAAGGGGCCUGUGCAAGGUUCUCUGAUAAGACAUUACCAGAACAAUGUACGACCUGCUCUUCCCUUAAAAACAAAAACAAAACACUUUUGGCAGUGAAUUCAUGCGAUUAUUAUUUUUUAUCAUGUGUAUGUUAGACUGCUCUGAUGAACAUAUGGGUAAAAUUUUAAGCCUGUGCGAUGGAUUUUUCUUUGGCACAAACACAUGUCUUUUCAAACCUGGCUUCUGGAAUUGUUUAGUUUGGGGUAGGGGGCUGAGUGGGGAGGAUUAUAUACUUAACACAUUUUUUUAUAACGAUUGCUUGGAAAACAUGUCUGCCUCCUGAUUGCUCAAAUGAGAUUUCUUGUAUAUUUGCUUUUGUUUUCACUGUCACUGAUUUGAUAAAAUAAACUGGUACUUUCUUUAAAAAAACAACAA